GCACAUACGUAUUUAAUCUAGAGAGAGAAAGGAGAGAGUUGAAUUUCGCAGUAGAAAAACAUUCGGGAAAAGCAAUGGAGAGGCAGAAAACGACAAAAUAUGGUGUGAUUGACAGAUAUGUAUGGGAUUCCCCUCAGCCUCAGCUGGCAGUGUACGUGCAGCCCAGCUCAUUCCGCACGCACGCCCUUACAGCCUGUCUCACCCCCCUUAUAUGCUCUAUUUUCAUUCCUGCUUUAUUUAAUUUUUACUCCCCUCUCCUUCCCAUUCUGCUCACUAUGGAUCCCUGCCCUUUCGUGCGGAUUGUUAUCGCCAAUUUGGCCCUCAGAUUCCCCCCCAAAUCCCACCUUCCUUCUUUCUCCUACUACUGUAAACUCAAAUUCAAAGGUUUCCCCAAUCAGUUCGCCGAUGUCUCGCUCCAGGCUGCGGACACCGACGCCGUCGACAGCAAAGUGCACGGAUGCUUCGCCCUCAGCAAGCCCGACCUCGAGAAAUUAGCCGACAAAUCCACCAAGUUCUCCUCUCUCAAGAUCGAGAUUCACCGGCGGAGCGGCCGAGGCGCCGCCGCCUGCGCCUUCGGGAGCGGCGGCAAACUUGUCGGCUGCGCGGUGGUGCAUUUGGAUUUGAGGGGUAUUCUCGAGAACAUGGGCAAAUGCGUCAUCCAAAACGGGUGGGUCUUGGUCGGCGGGUCCGAUGUGAAGUUGCAUCUGAAUGUGCGGGCCGAGCCCGACCCGAGAUUUGUUUUCCUCUUCGAUGGAGAGCCCGAGUGCAGCCCGCUGGUCUUUCAGGUCAAUGGGAAUGUCAAGCAGCCGGUUUUUACUUGCAAGUUCGGUUUGAGAAGUUCUACCGAGAGGAUCAUGAGAUCGAGAUCUUCACUAUCAGAACCAAGCACCUCAGCAAGCUGCUUCGGCUCAGGCGUCGGCAACAAGGAACAUCCCUUAAAUGAACGAAAAGGAUGGUCCAUCACCAUCCACGACUUGUCCGGAUCCCCCGUCGCUGCUGCCUCGAUGGUGACACCGUUCGUGCCAUCACCGGGCACGGACAGGGUGAGCCGCUCCAACCCUGGGGCGUGGCUGAUCCUGAGGCCCGGGCACAGCACCUGGAGGCCAUGGGGGCGCCUGGAGGCGUGGAGUGGCGGCGACCACCUCGGCUACCGCUUCGACCUCAUCCCCGAUGGCGGCAUUGACGCCAUCACCCUCGCCAACUCCAACAUCCCCACCAAGACGGGCGGGAAAUUCACCGUCGACAUCACCACCGGCCCCACCCCAAUGACGAGCCCCAACAGCAGCUUCGACCUCAGCUCCGGCUCAGGAUCCGGGUCGGACCUCGGGUCGGGGUCCGGGUCCGGAUCGUGGGCGCAUCUGCUGUACAGAGGGUUUGUCAUGUCUUCGACAGUGCAAGGCGAUGGCAGGUGCAGCAAGCCGGAGGUGGAAGUCGGGGUGCAACACGUGAGUUGCACCGAGGAUGCGGCGGCGUUUGUAGCGUUGGCGGCUGCCAUGGAUCUCAGCAUGGAUGCUUGCAGGCCAUUUUCAAGAAAGCUCCGCAAAGAGCUGCGCCAACCGGAUCUCGAAUAGGUUGCCCCCUUCGGGUCGGGUCUCAGUAGACCGAGACCGGCAUUUUUUUUAUUUUCCCUCGGAGUGUACAGUCAUCGACAGCUAUUUGUUUCUUCUUUUUCUAUAUUUUUCCCAUUUUGAACCAAUUUUUUCCCUUCCAAUUUAUUGAGUCAAUUCAUUUGUACAUGAACGAGAGUUUUCAAUUCGAAAUUUUAAUUAUAUCUUUGGAAUA